UGUAUGCAAAACACUUCUGAAACCACACAACUCAUUCCUUAACUGUCCUCCUCAUACAGCCAGCUUUUAAAUGGAGAUUCAUAAUGGGAAGCAACAUUUCCUUUGACACGGAGAACUGCAUCAACCAAAAGGACCUAACAAGCAUUAACAUUUCCUGACAUUAAGAAAAACAUAAGACAGUGCUUCAGUCAACAAAAUAAUUCAGAUAUGGAGGUGAAAAGGACUAAAAGAGAUACCCCCUCUAAUCUGCCUGAAAAUAUUGAGAAUUGGACAAAAGAGCAUGUGAAACAGUGGGUGACCAAUGAACUCAAGCUUGAAGAGAAACAUGGUGACACCCUUUUUCAUCAAGAUGUCACAGGUACCAUUCUGAAGAUCUUGACAAAGCAAGACCUUCUAGAAAUUGGGAUAACCUAUGGCCCUGCCGUUCAGAUAAUGCAUAGUUUGAAAGAGAAUGAUGAUCCAGCUAAAGGUGCAAGUAAUGUGCAUAGACAUGGACACAGCCCAGCUCUUGACAUUGAGAACUGGUCAAAAGAGCAUGUAAAACAAUGGGUCACAAAUGAACUGAAGCUGGAAAAGAAACAUGGUGACACCCUUUUCUGUCAAGAUGUCACAGGAACCAUUCUGAAGAUCUUGACAAAGCAAGACCUUCUAGAAAUGGGGAUAACCUAUGGUCCAGCAGUUCAAAUAAUGCAUAGUCUGAAAAAGAAUGAUGAUCCAGCUGGACACACUGCCAGUGUUUCUGACCAGGACCAUACCACCGGACGUGUUGGUGAUAAAUCUUUCAGCAAAAGCAAGGAUAAAGAAGAGGUGGAAGGAGAUGGUGACUCAAAAUCAUCCAAUGCUCAUGAACCAGCAGAAGAGGCAAACACUGAAAAUACUGAAACAUCAGAACCCAUGAUUCAGGAAGCAAUUGAAAACAUACCUCAUGGAAAUGGAAAUCAGCUUCCAUCUAGGCAAACAUGCCUCCCAUAUCCUUUUGAUGAAUUUCACAAUAGUCAUCGUUAUGUACAACAUUAUGUUCUCCAUAUUCCUGAAACAGGCCCACUGAAUCUCAUUGAUCCAGUACACGAAUUUAAACUCUUUACAAACACAGAGAAUGCCACAGAUCAGGAUUUGAAGAUGAAAUUUUGCAAUGAGAUUUUUAGAUUUGCUGCAGCAUGUAUGAACUCCCGUACUAAUGGUACUAUCCACUUAGGUAUACGGGAUGAACCCCAUGGAGAAAUUGUUGGAGUCAACAUCCAGAAUAAAGACAAAUACAUUAACUAUUUUGAUUUGAUGAUAAAGCAAUACUUUGGAGCUCUUGUUGAUAUUGCAAAAGAAUGCAUUAGGAAACCCAGGUAUGUGGAAGUACUGCAGCAAAAUAGCAUUGUGUCGGAAACAUUUGUGAUCGAAGUUGAUAUUGUUCCAAAACACUCCAGUUGUCAAUCAAAAUAUUUCCCCACUAAUGAAUACAACUUCAAAGACAAAAAAUGGAAACCAUGUUUAUUUAUAAGAGAUGGCGCUUCUUCUAAAAACAUCCGUCGUUCUAAAACAGAACACAAAUCAUUUCUGAGUAAACUAGAGGAAUUAGCACAGGCUCGGAAAAAAGCUGAAGAAGAACAUGGGGAGAAAAGAAAAGAGAGAGAUGAUCAAGGUUACAGAUUGGUGAGCUUACUCACUGGCAACAGAGACUUGCUAGAUAAUUCCCAUUAUGACUGGUAUAUAUUAGUCAUAAACAAAUGCCAUCCUUAUGAUACACAGCAUGUGACCUUCUUGCAGGAAAUAAAUUUAUUUGCUGUUCUAGAGUUUGAUCCAGAGUCAGCAAGCAAUGGUGUGGUCAAAGCAUUCAGAGAAAACCGUGCAGCAAAUCUUCAUUUGCCAAAGCAAUACCAGAAACCUAGGAAUUCAGCAUCUGAAACAAUUGAAGAACUGAAUCUCUACCAACAACCCAGUUGGAUUUUUUGCAACGGCAGAUCAGAUCUCAACAGUGACGCAUGUCAGCCCUUGAAUCCUAGACUGUGGCAGCAACAGAGAGCAGCUGAAGUCAGGAAACUGAUCUCAUUUCUUUCCCAUCCAGAUGUAAUGCAAAGAGGGAAAUUUUUGGUGAUGUUUCUCUUGCUAUCGAAGGUAGAAGAUCCAGGUGAUCCCAUGAUAGAAGUAUUCUGUACAUUUUAUCAAGAACUUAAAGGACUUGAUGACAUGCUAUGUAUUUGCAUUGGAGCACAAACAUAUCAGUGCUGGAAAGAUCUCUUGCAAGCCAGGUCUAUUGCAGCAGACAAACUAGCAGAUAGGUGUAUAUCUAACUUGACUUUACCAAUGGUGAAUGGUACCAUCGAGAAGUUAAAAUCAGUGACCCAAACAUCUCAGAGGCUUUUACCAUCAAAAGGAUUUUCUUGUACAAUUCUUCCAAAGAAGGAAGAAGACUUUAUGGCUGCACUUGAAAUACUUUGUGAAAAUGAAUGCAAAGACACAGAAAUCGAGAAAGAUAAAGAUCGAUUUUCUGAAUUUAAAAAAUCUCAAGAAGAGCAUUUUUAUCGUGGUGGUAAAGUGUCUUGGUGGAAUUUUUAUUUUUCCUCUGAAAACUACUGUUUACCUUUUAUUAAACGAGAUGCGUAUGAAAAACUUGAACAUCUGAUUGAGUCAGGGUCUCAGUCUCCUAAACAAUCACCCACAAAAAUAAUCAACCUUUACCAUCACCCAGGCUGUGGUGGUACUACUGUAGCCAUGCAUAUUCUCUGGGAGCUGAGAAAAAAAUUCAGGUGUGCUGUUCUAAAAAACAAAACAGUGGAUUUUGGAGAGAUUGGAACACAGCUGACCACUUUAAUUACAUAUGGGACAUCAAACAAGUUUGAUUAUUUGCCAGUGUUGCUACUGGUGGAUGACUUUGAAGAGCAAGAAAAUGUUUACCUGCUACAACAUGCUAUCCAAUCUGCUAUAACGGAAAAUGGCAUUAUAUACGAAAAUCCUUUGGUCAUCAUCUUAAAUUGUAUGAGAUCUCAGAAUCCUGGAGAGAGUGCAAAGAGCAACAGUCUGAACAGUAUUGCUCUGAAACAACAACUAACUCUGAAAGAACAAAGGGCUUUUGAAGAAAAACUAAAAGAAAUUGAAGAUCAAUAUGAGCACCCUGAAGAUUUUUAUUCAUUUAUGAUUAUGAAGAAAAAUUUUGAUCAACAGUAUAUAGAAAAAGUAGUGAAAAACACACUGAAAGGCUUAAAUGUUACAAGUAAGCAAGCCCAACUGAUUUCCUUUCUGGCACUGUUAAAUUCUUAUGUUACAGAGUCCACAAUCUCAGUGUCACAAUGUGAGGAAUUUUUGGGAAUAAGCACAAAAAAGGCUUACUGGGGUAAAGAAGAAUUGGAUGACAAGAUGGGAAAUUGUUCCAACAUUAUUAUAAAAACUGAAGUGCAAGAACGUGGACGAUACAAAGGGGUACGUAUUAGUCACUCCCUGAUUGCUGAGCAGUGCCUAGAAGAAUUUAAGCAAACUUACAAGUUAACUAAGAGUGAGAUUACAUUGCUGUUGCUAAAAGAAAACUUAUUUUAUGACACUGGCAUAGGGAGAGAUAAACUUCAACAGGAUGUACAAAGCAUGCUGCUUACAAGGCACCGCAAGGAACAUGGAGAUGACAUGGACACAUUGUUUUCCCCACUCAUUGAAGCAAUUCAAAAAGAAGAAGGGAGUACAGAAGUUGAAAGCGUGUUGACUGAGGGAACUUGCAGAUUCAACCAAAACGUGUUUAUUAGUCAGGCUUUAGCAAGACAUUUCUAUAUCAAGGAAAAGAAUUUUGACCAUGCACUAGAGUGGGCUAAAAAAGCUAAAAAAGCUGCCCCUAACAACUCAUAUAUAUCAGAUACCUUGGGUCAAGUUUUUAAAAGCAAGUUAAAGCACUGGCUUGAAGAAAAUACAGACAAAUCAACAAUAACUGUGGAAAUUCUAAAAUAUUUGUUGAAUCUUGCGAAGUCUGCCACAGAAGCGUUUAAAGAAUCUCAACAACAAACAGAAAAUAAGGACAGUGAAAGAGAAUACUUUCAGAAUAUAAAAUACAAGAGAAGAUAUGAAAUGUAUAAUACAUCUGGUUAUCUAGGAGAAAUAGAAACUGCUCUGUACACUAUAGAGAUCAUUGAAUCUAUACCUGUGUUCAACAAAAAAGAUGAUCUCUCAAGAAAGCACAUCAUACAGUUCUUGUCAGGAAACGGGCCUAUCCCAAAAGCAGCAAAUGGUACAGACAGUGAAGAAUAUAGGCUGAUACUUGAAGAUUAUGCUGAUUAUUUGAGUCACCUACAAUCAAACGUAAAAAAAGCGUUUGAUUUUUUUGAGAAUUACUUCAUCUUUCUAAAGCCAAAGAAUCCUGAAAAAGAAAUCGCAGAGCUUAAAAUACGGAAUAAGGUUCAAGAGUUUUUCAACAGGUAUGCAGAAAUAUUUUGCCACUCUGAUUCUGACAAGUUAAUGAAUUCAAAACUGAGUUCAUCUUUGCAGCUGGAAAAUUACAGAAAAAGUUUGGAAGCUUCCAAAGCAGACAAAUUUUCUGGAAUCUUGGAAUAUCUCAGCAGUCACGAAAAUGCUGCAAGCAAAAUGGAGGAUAUAGUGAAGAAAUAUAAAACUUUGCUUCUUCAAAGCUCCACAAAAUUUAUUCAAAGGGACAAAUUGAAUUUUAUCUUGGCUAACAUUGUCCUCCAUUGCCUCAAUCCAAAAUCCAAGAUGGUGCACUCUUUCCUGGAGCUGAGAGAACAGCUUAGAACAGUUCUACAGUCAGUAGGUCUAGAAUACCGAUAUUCAGAACCAUACUUUUUAGCUUCCUUAUUGUUUUGGCCUGAAAAACAAAAGCUGCUAGAUAAAGAGUCUAGGCAAAUGGAAAAAUACCUCACUUCACUGAAGAAGGCCUUUAAUGGGCAAUACUGGCAAAUGUGCCGCUCCAAGCAAGCUAUUGCACUUUUCUAUCUCGGAAAAGGAAGCAAUCUCAACAAAUUUAUUCACAAAGGAAAAAUUGAUCAGUCUAUCACCAACAGGGGUAAGCACAAGGCAAGGUCCAAGAUGGGUGAUGAACUUAGUACUCUGUGGCAAAGUGGAGAGAUAUGGAAAACAGAAAAUGCCCAAAACCUUUUACUUCGGUUGACUGGCAAGGCUGAAGAUAACAUCAUCUAUGUGGAUUAUGACAUUGAUGAGGAUAUCAGAAUACCAGCACGGCCUGUUUUCUUAGGACAGCUAAAGAGUGGUCGCAGCAUAGAACGAGUAUCCUUUUACUUGGGAUUUUCCAUUGGAGGCUUGAUAGCUUACGACAUAGAAAUCAUUUAAUUGCUUUUGAUAACAGAGUCCUCUGUAGUAUACAUUUAAUGCAGUCACCCUUUCCUUUUCACCUGCAAGAGACACAUGACAUUUCCUAUGACUGCUGGAUGUUUUCUCUUUGCUUUGAAGUUCAAAGAUACUUUUUGCAUUUGCAGUAUAGCUCCUUUUGGCACAGUGGUUAAACUGCUGUACUGCAGCCAAAACUGUGCUCAUGACCCUAGGGUUCAAUCCCAGGUAGCCGGAUCAAGGUUGACUCAGCCUUCUAUCCUUGUGAGGUCGGUAAAGUGAGGACCCAGCUCCCUAAGGGGGCAAUGUGCAGCCUGCAUAAUUAACAUAAACUGUCCAGAGAGUGCUUGAAGCUCUGUGAGGCGGUAUAUAAGCAGCACACUUUGCUUUGUCUUGCUUUGCUUUGUGAUCCUUCCAAAGUGGGCAUGAUUGAAGCAAUGUCCCUUUCUUUGGCUAUAGGAGAAAUCUGAUUAAAAUGCCCAGUACCUGUUCAAUCCAUGUGUCAUUUGACAAAGAUCCAUUAUACCAGUCUUCACAGAAUGUAACCACUGCAUUGACUUUUUAAAAAUUAAAAUAUGAAUAUGCAAAUGAGGGAAAGCAGGCCUCAAGCUACCAGCAUAUCUGAAAACAACCCUGAGUGCCACAGAGGUAAUCCACUCCUGCUUUAAGCCCAUUUGGCCACACACAAGCGUAAUCUAUUUCUAUUGAAGAUUCUUUUGUAUAUUUCUCUAGGUUUACAAGAAAAAUGAAUGAAAAUGAAAUUAUAGCUAGGGUAUUAGAGUCUCUUGUCUUUGUCUCUAAUUAAAAAUAUUCUACCAUUAAUUAGUCUAAUUAUCCAAAUAUUAGUACAAUAAUACUAUCUGAUGAUACUACAGACUAUUGCAAUGCAUCUAGUUUCAUUUUGUUUGCUUAAACUGUUCUUGAUUGCUGUGGGGUUUUUACAUUUGUCAGUUUUUCUGUUAAUACAUUGUGUUUUAGUUGCUGAUUUUAUUGUAGUCAACAGUUCAGAUUUAUUUUGAGGAUAAAACAGAAUUCUCUUUAAAAUGAGCUGAAAUUGCUUUUUAACCUCUCAUUAUUUUUUGCAUUUCAUUCUCUUUUACUGUAAGAAAAAAAUAUAUUAUUCAUUGCAAUUGUAUUCCAAUUGGUACUACAGUGGACCCUCUACUUAAGGAAUUAAUCCGUAUUGGAACGAUGGCUGUAAGUCGAAAAGUCUGUAGGUCGA